ACUGUAAACAGAUUUAAAGUGACGAUGUUCGAUUUAGUUUUGUUCUUUGCAGGGAAGUAAGCAGAUAAGUCUUUGGGAAAGUUCAGAGAUUCCCUCCUGUUUUAAGAAGACCACUAUCAUCCCGGUACCAAAGAAAAGCAAGGAAACAUGCCUCAAUGACUACCGACCAGUGGCUCUGAUGUCCACUGAAGUGCUUUGAGAGGUUGGUCAUGGCAUACAUCAACUCCAGCCUACCAGACAACCUGAACCCAUUGCAAUUCGCCUAUCAGCGAAACAGGUCUACAGCGGAUGCCAUCUCCCUGGCCCUACACUCAGCUCUGGAACAUCUGGACAGUAAAGACACAUAUGUUAGACUAUUGUUUAUUGACUACAGCUCUGCCUUCAAUACAAUAAUUCCAAGCAAGCUUGUCACCAAACUCCGAGACCUAGGACUCAACACCUCCCUCUGUAACUGGAUCCUUGACUUUCUAACAAUCAGACCGCAGUCAGUGAGGAUAGGCAGCAAUACCUCCGACACGAUUAUUCUCAACACUGGUGCCCCACAAAAGGCUGCGUCCUCAGCCCUCUACUCUCUAUACACUCGUGACUGUGUGGCCAGAUUCUGCUCUAACUCCAUCUACAAGUUUGCAGAUGAUACCACUAUUGUAGGCCGUAUCUCAAACAGCGAUGAGUCGGAGUACAGGAAGGAGAUAGAGAGCUUAGUGGAAUGGUGUCAUGACAACAACGUCAACAAAACAAAAGAGCUGGUCAUUGACUUCAGGAAAGGGGGUGGUGUACAUGCACCUGUCUAUAUCAGUGGUGCUGAGGUUGAGAGGGUUGAGAGCUUCAAGUUCCUGGGAGUGAACGUCACCAACAGCCUGUCCUGGUCAAAUCACGUAGAUGCCAUGGCCAAGAAAGCUCACCAGCGCCUCUACUUCCUCAGGAGGCUAAAGAAAUUUGGUUUGUCCCCUUUGACUCUCACCAACUUUUACUGAUGCACCAUAGAAAGCAUCCUAUCUGGAUGUAUCAUGGCUUGGUACGGCAACUGCUCUGCCCAGGACCACAAGAAGCUGCAGAGGGUUGUGGACACAGCCCAGCACAUCAUGGACACCAGCCUCCCCUCCUUGGACUCUGUCUUUACCUCUCGUUGUCUUGGUGUAGCAGCCAGCAUAGUCAAAGACCCCACCCACCCGGGACAUUCUCCCUUCUCCCUUCUCUCCUCUUCCAUCAGGUAGAAGAUACAGGUGCCUGAGGGCACAUACCACCAGACUUAAGGACAGCUUCUACCCCACUGUGAUAAGACUAUUGAAUGGUUCCCUUAUACAGUGAGAUGGACUAUGACCUCACGUCACUUGUUGUGACCUUGCACCUUAUUGCACUGCACUUUCUCCGUAGCUGUGACACUUUACUCUGUACUGUUACUGUUUUUACCUGUACUACAUCAACGCACUUUGUACCAAAUGUAACUGCACUGUGUAAUGAAUUGACCUGUACGAUCGGUUUGUAAGACAAGCUUUUCUCUGUACCUCGGUACAAGUGACAAUAGUAAACCAAU